AUGGAGAAGGCGGCAGGCGGCGGGGAGCCGCGGCGCUGGCGGCGGCGCUCGGGCUCGAGCCCGGACCCGGAUCCCGACCCCGGGCCCGGCCGCUCUCCCAGCCCCAGCCGCCUGGACGUGAGCUCGGCCCGCUUCGACCCGCUGCUGGCGCUGUACUCGGCCCGCACGCCGCUGCCCUUCCCCGGCGCGCCCUGCUUCAACAACCUGGCCGAGUACGAGAGCUUCCAGCGGGGCCUGCGCCGCCCGGCCGCCCCCCGCCGCGGCCCGCCCGCCUCCCGCAGCGCCCGCCGCCGCUGCCCGCCCGCCGCCGCCGACCCCGAGCGCCUCCAGCGCCUCCGCAGCCUCAUGGUCAACCGGGACCCCGAGCGCGAGGCGGCGGCCCGCGGCCGGGCCGGGCCCCGCCGGGCCCCGCGCAACGUCCUCACCAGGAUGCCGCUUCAUGAAGGCAGCCCUCUUGGCGAGCUACAUCGUUGUGUCAGAGAUGGUGUAAAAGUCAACGUCCACAUCCGAACUUUCAAGGGGCUGCGUGGAGUCUGCACAGGGUUUUUGGUUGCGUUCGACAAAUUCUGGAAUAUGGCCUUGACGGAUGUAGAUGAGACAUACAGAAAGCCUGUACUGGGCAAAGCAUUCUACAGUGAACCUCAGCUGACUCUUACCAGGCUGUUUGACAGACUCAAACUGCAGGAGUCCUUGAUAAAGAAGGGAGCUGACUCAAGGACUGCAACAGAGGAGCCAGCCCUGACAAAUGAAUCAAAGACCCUUGGACGGAAAGCUGGGUCAGGCCGGGGGAGAGCAGAGGACGAGUGUGGGAUGCAGAAAUUUUUGGGUGGAGCUGGAGAAAAGACAACGAAUGACAACUUGCAUCUGGCAGUCAGGAAUAAGGCUGACCUGCCGAGCAGGACUGCCCAGACAGAGGGCACUAGUGCAGGGGGUGCUAAUGCAAAAGGCCAGCCACGAAAAAAGCGGAGGCCCAAAGUGGAUUAUCAGCAGGUGUUUACGCGUCAUAUAAACCAGAUAUUUAUCCGAGGAGAGAAUGUCUUGCUUGUUCAUUUAGCACAUUGACUUGGCUGAGCCUUAGUCAGUAUAUUUAACGCACAGCAUGAAUUGCAGCUACAGCUCUGGGCUACUUAGCAUUGUUGUGAAGUACUGUGGUAUCAUAACUGUUUCCCUUCCUUCAACCAUAACAGGACAGGGAAAAUAGUUGCACGUUUGUCGGAGGUUGCUGCAUCUUGAGCGAGCUGCCAGAACAGCCUCGCUAGACCUCUUCCAUUCAAGGGAUUGAAGGCUAGUUCAGCAAGAGUUUGCUCCUGCAAGAUGAGGAAAUGAGAAGAAUCCUCAAGGCAGGACAGGAGGCUUCUUAACAGGCUAAAUUAAGAGGGUUGAGGGGUGACAUCAGUGUGCUUGGUUAUGGGACAAAAUAGUCAUCCCACAUUUAAAGAGCAUGUGACUCAGCAUACAAGUCUAAAAUGAGUGACCACUGCUAAAUACUGUCAUAAUUGCAAGAGAAAUUGGUUUCUAAUGAAACCAACAACUUAUGUAAUAUUAGUUAAUAAUAAUUUAAAGUCUGGCAAAGAAUAACUCUUGUAUCUUAAUGUAUAAGGGAAUUAACAGCCUAUGCAAAAGAGGGACAACCUCAAUGGCAUUAACCAUUAGUGUCCUGCUGUGGCAGGCACAGCUCUGUAAAUACACCCCAAUCCUGAGCUGCAGCACGCCUGUCUUUUGAACAAAGACUGAAUGUUAAGGUGGUCUGAUGUGUCUAAAUAAGGAUGUGGGGAAAACCCUCUUUGUCAGGAUUUGAACUUGUCUCCAUUGGCAUAGCUUGUGCUCUUACCCACUUGCCAUGCUUUCUGCCUGCACCGCCAGCCAGCAGUCAAAGUAGUCAAUCCAAUAACUUUCUUACUGGGAAUUUCUGUAUGAAACAAGAAAUCAUACUCCAGUCUUUUGUAUUUCUUAUCAUCCAUUUGCCACACAGUCUCACAUUUCACCAUUCUACUAUGUACUUUUCUUGUCAAAUUUGAAAAAUAGCUUGCACUCAGCACAGUCGUACUGUAUCGAAGCGCCUUUGAAGUUCCCUCUAUUGAAAUGUGAGAUGCUGCCUCUCCAGCGGUUCUGAUGGGAACACAAAUCUUAGUGAUUCUUUCCGGAUAGUAUAUCUAUAUGAAUAAUGCUCCCUCUAAUUCCAGUUGAAUUGAAUUUCAGAGGUGUACUUUGUUUCUAUGAAACAUAAAAAUUAAUGCUAAGCCCCAGCAAAUCAGUGGUUUAAUUUCAGUAGUGUUCCCCUUCUUGUAUCUGAAUCACUGAAGAAUAGCCUCAAACCACUGCAGUGUAUAAACUGUUCAACAGCUAUUGGGGUCCCUUCUAGCCUUAGGCUCUAGGAAUUUACCAUUAGGUCAUCUAGUCUGACCUCUUGGGAUAUGACACACAGAUUGGGAGAGUGGUAAAUAAUGAAGAGGACAGUCACUGAUUCAGAGUGAUUUGGAUCGCUUGGUAAACUGGGUGCAAGCAAACAAGCAUUUUAAGAUGGUUAAGCGUAAAUGUAUACAUCUAGGAACAAAGAAUAUACGUCAUACAGGAUGACGUGACUAUCCUGGGAAGCAGUGACAUUGAAAAAGAUUUGGGGGUCAUGACGGAUAAUCACCUGAACAUGAGCUCCUAGUGUGAUGCUGUGGCCAAGAGAGUAAUGCAAUCGUGGGAUGCAUAAAUGAGUAUCUUGAGUAGGAGCAGAGAGAUUCUUUUUACCUCUGUACACCUCUACCUCGAUAUAACAGUUUCACCUAUAACAUGGUAAGAUUUUUUGGCUCCUGAGGACAGCGUUAUAUCGAAC